CUCCUAGUUCUGGUGCAGUUAGAAUCCUGUCAGCUGGGGAUUGGGACGCGCGCGCGGGGGCGGAGGGCUUCACCGUGAAAAUCUCGGACAGACUGUGGGUACUGGGUAAUGAGUGAAAAAGGGAAAGCGCGUUAAGAAUCUGAGGGGACACCCAGGCUUCGAGAACCCCGUGCCACCUUCCGGCGCCCUUCCUUGAGUUGAUUGUUUUUCUGCCGUUCACCUUUCAAUAUGAAGGAGGAUCAAGUUGUUCUGGAAGAACCAGGAUUACAAGAUGAAGAGGAAUCUUUGUUUCAAGACAUUGACCUGUUACAAAAACAUGGAAUUAACGUGGCUGACAUUAAGAAACUGAAGUCAGUAGGAAUCUGUACCAUUAAAGGGAUACAAAUGACAACCAGAAGAGCUCUGUGCAAUGUCAAAGGCCUCUCAGAAGCCAAAGUGGACAAGAUUAAAGAGGCAGCCAACAAACUUAUUGAACCAGGAUUCCUGACUGCAUUUGAAUAUAGUGAAAAGAGGAAGAUGGUUUUCCAUAUCACCACUGGGAGUCAGGAAUUCGAUAAGUUGCUAGGAGGUGGAAUCGAAAGCAUGGCAAUCACAGAAGCUUUUGGAGAAUUUCGUACUGGGAAAACUCAACUUUCUCAUACCCUCUGUGUGACAGCUCAACUUCCAGGAGCAGGUGGCUAUCCAGGAGGAAAGAUUAUCUUCAUUGAUACCGAAAAUACUUUCCGUCCAGAUCGCCUUCGAGAUAUUGCUGACCGUUUCAAUGUAGACCACGAUGCAGUACUGGACAAUGUCCUUUAUGCACGUGCAUAUACUAGUGAACAUCAGAUGGAGCUGCUUGAUUAUGUAGCUGCAAAGUUUCAUGAAGAAGCUGGCAUCUUCAAGCUAUUGAUCAUUGAUUCAAUAAUGGCACUUUUUCGAGUGGAUUUCAGUGGUCGUGGCGAGUUGGCUGAACGGCAGCAAAAAUUGGCCCAGAUGUUGUCAAGACUCCAAAAAAUCUCAGAAGAAUAUAAUGUAGCUGUUUUUGUGACCAAUCAAAUGACUGCUGAUCCAGGAGCUACUAUGACUUUUCAGGCUGACCCCAAAAAACCAAUUGGAGGACACAUACUGGCUCACGCUUCAACAACAAGAAUAAGCUUGCGAAAGGGAAGAGGCGAAUUGAGAAUUGCUAAGAUUUAUGACAGCCCUGAGAUGCCCGAAAAUGAAGCCACCUUCGCAAUAACUGCUGGAGGAAUUGGGGAUGCCAAGGAGUAGGUGGUGAAUUGAUGCAAAUUGCUCCUUAGUGCUUAUUAGGAGCUGAAGAACUGGAAAAGCAGUCUCAAAUUUAAGAUUUCAAAAUAAGUGUUUGUACUUUUUAUGUUAUUAAAGGAAAUUCAACAAGAGUGAUUUAAAUCUUUUAUGUAUCUUUAAAGUCUCUGAUUUAUGGAAACUCUUUGUUGUAUACCAAUUUAGAAAUAUGUAUUUAUACUUAUUAAAGCUACAUAUGUACAUAUGUAUCUGUUUGUACCCAGUUACCUCACUUGUGCUUUUCAGUGUGAGCUACUAAGCAGAUGGGAAAUCCGAGAGCUCAGAAAUGUCCCGCUCUCCUACGUACGACCCCUCAGAUAUUUUUAGGGUACAGUACCACUAACUUAAAGGUCUCGAUUCUCUUUCGAAGGAGGAGAUAUUUAAAGGAGGACUGUUUAUAGUACAGAUAGAAAAAGCUCUUUUAAGUU